AUGGUGGUGGUUGCAUCGCCGCCGAGAGGACUGCCUUGCUCUCCUUCAAAGAGGGCAUCACAAGUGACCCCGCCGGCCUCCUUGCCUCGUGGCGUGGCCAGGACUGCAGCCGGUGGAGAGGCGUCAACUGCAGCAACCAGACCGGCCAUGUCAUCAGGCUUCGCCUCCGCUCUCCAAACCCGGACUUGUACGGGGAUCCAUGUGAAGGUAACAGUCUGUUUGCUUUCCUUGGAGCAUCUAGAGCACCUGGACCUCAGUAUGAACUGCUUGUCAGGGCCAAAUGACAGUUUUCCUGUGUUCCUGGGCCAGAUGAGGAACCUGAGAUACCUCAACCUCACCGGCUUAACGAUGUUUACCGGUAGGGUGCCUCCACAGCUCGGUAACCUGUCCAAGAUGCAGUAUCUGUCCAUCGGCCAGGCUGGUAGUCGCUCUCAGAUGUACUCUGAUGACAUCACCUGGUUAACAAACCUUCAUUUGCUACAGCACGUUAGCAUCGGAGGGAUAAAUCUCUCUGGGAUACAUGACUGGCCUCAUACGCUGAACAUGAUCCCGUCUCUAAGGGUUAUCAGUCUCAGUGAUUGUUCGCUUCAGAGCGCAAACCAAUCGCUUCCAUACCUCAAUCUCACAAGACUUGAGAAGCUUGAUCUUUCCUGGAACAGUUUUGACCACUCAAUAGCAACUAGUUGGUUUUGGAAAGCCACAAGCCUCAAGUACCUCAAUCUUCAGGCCAACAGAUUAUCCGGCCAAUUUCCCGACGCACUAGGAAACAUGACAUCCCUUCAAGUCCUUGACGUGUCAGAAAAUUGGAACAAGUAUUUGAUGGUGACAGGAAACCUGAAGAAUCUUUGCAGUCUGAAUAUUCUAGACUUCAGCAAUAAUGAAAUAAAUGGAGAUAUAGCAGUCAUGAUGGGGGGUUUGCCAGAAUGCGCAUGGGAAUCUUUGCAAGAGCUAGAUUUCAGCUACAACAGUUUAACUGGAACAUUGCCAAAUUUGAUAGGUACAUUCAGCAGCUUGAGGAGACUUAAACUCAACAAGAACAACCUCACCGGAAGUAUCCCACCGGGCAUUGGGUAUUUAACAUGCUUAGCUGCCCUUGACCUUUCGAACAACUGCUUCAGUGGAAGCGUACCCUUUGAAAUUGGUUCCCUAACUAAUCUAUCUUCUUUGGAUCUAAGCAACAACAACUUCAGUGGUAUUGUGCCAUCUGAAAUUGGUGCCCUUAGUGAUCUGACUUCUUUGGUCCUAAGCAAGAACAACUUUAGUGGUGUGAUCAAGGAAACACAUUUUGCAGGUCUAAAAGGUUUAAAGAACAUAGACCUGUCUUCCAAUAGUUUGAAGAUUGAAGUAGUUCCGAUUGGCUUCCUCCCUUCAGGCUGGAGUCUGCGCUGUUUUCAUCUUGCCGAAUGGGUCCUCUGUUUCCUGCCUGGCUUCAGUGUCUGA